CCUCCCCACGGUGCUUGGUAGUAAUUUUAAAUUAAGAAAAUCCUCAGGUGCUAGUGUCUGGAGGUUGAGUUUUUUUUUUUUGUAAUCAUGUGCGAGUUAAUCGAUACUAUAGUAGUCUGUUCAGUCCUAGUUCUUUGCAGGACCUUGUUCUGUCAGACUCAACAUAAAAGUAUGCUAUUCUCGCUGUGUCUGUUCUCCCAAAAAAAUUGAAACCACUUUUCUUAAUGUAAUCUUUAUAUUUGACCAUGCACAGAUGACGAUCGAUUAUAUGAGUGCAGUGAACAGCACAUUGAUGCAAAGAUAUGGCUUCUCGUCACCAACGAAUCCCUGGGAACAUAUAAACUUCUCGAGCCCUGCAAGGAUCCACCUGGAUUCCUUCCUGUCAGUCUUCAACAUAGCUGGCCUGCACGAUGAGCUGUACCACAACGUUGCAUUGACAUCAGGAGAAAGCACCUUUGUCGACGGAGGAGUCGUGGCAGCCGCAAGAACUCUGCCGACAUGGUCGGACGGUGACCUCCCUGCCAUACCGAGCGUGGAGAGAAAAUCCGCUCAGGCAUUGCAGGAGGAAUGCCGGAAGAUGGCGGAGUCUUUCUCGACCACGAUCCAACAGGACGAGGGGAUCCUAGAUUCCGACGAGCCUAUCAGGAAAACCCGCGAAAUCGCGAUCAAGUACCGGCUGCACCGGAAGCUGCUGCUGCAGAAGAUCAUCGACUCGCUGGAGAUCUACCAGGACCGGAUUCUGUUCUAGAUAGCUGUUUAGGAGGCGCCAGCGUACGGACCUGUGUCGAGUGGAAACCGUUUCGGACGGUUAUAGUGCUAGUUCUAGGUGUGUGUGUCAAGUGUUCUGAAGGACACCGGCACCACCACCCUUGCAUUGUUUUGAAGGGCUUGAGCAAACCUAGAUUCAUAUAUAGGUUACUGGUACUGUAGUGGCUAGAUGACAAUAGGAUGGGUCCUGCCCAGAAGGAGGGAUAGCAAGUGCCAAGUGAGCUUUGCCAAGGCGGCUGCAGCGUCGUAGGUGGCUGGAAGAGUGGAAAAGAGAGAGAGAGAGAGAGAGAGCCUUCUUUCCUGCACAUUCUUGAUGACUGUUAUGGAUCAUUCCUAGACUUCCAAAUGCACCCUAACAGAGUCAUCAGGUUGUUCAAAGUGAUGUUUUUGGAUGACAAGAAGAGAGGAUAUCAUGAAA